GGAACUUGUCAUUGUCUGUCAUAUAUAUAAAGAAAUCAACAGAGUUCAAACUAUUUAGUUCUAUUUCAUUAUCCCUACAGUGCAAGUUUGUUGUUGGUUUGAUUGCAUUUUUGAAAAUUAUUCACUCGUUUUCUAUCGGUUUAAAAACUUAUAGUUUAGAAAUUUAGCAUCCUUAUUUGAAGUUCUUUGAUAGAAUCGUUUCUAUAGUUUUAACUAGUAAAGUUUAUUAUAACAGAGAUUUGUAAAUUUUAAAUUUAUAAAAAAUUAAACAUUUUUAACAAUUUUUUAAAAAAAUUGAGAUUGAGAGAUGGCUGAUUUAAAGAUUCACUUUUCAAUUCUCCUGCUACAGUUUUGUGUGCUGCUAAUCUUCCAGAUGGACUUGGCUAAUGCAAAAACACUUCCAUCCUUCAUAAUGCCCUGCAAAAGGAACGACGUCCAGCUUGGAUCCUGUCUGCAGAGAACUGUGGAAAAGCUGCGUCCGCAUCUAAAGACAGGAAUCCCCGAUCUCCAGCUUCCGCCCUACGACCCACUCUUCCUGCCACUGGUCACCCUCAGUGAGCAGUCUCCCGGCAAGGCCGUCCGAUUCACCGCUACCUUCACCGAUCUUUACGCUUAUGGAGCUCACAAAUCCCUCCUCAAACAAAUCAGUGUCGAUCUGAAGAAACCAUCCCUACGAACUCGGAUUGUGUUUCCAAAACUGAGAAUUGUCGCCAAUUAUGUGAUUGAUGGACAAGUUCUUAUUGUGCCAAUCAGAGGUGAAGGAAAGGCCAACUGUAACCUAACUAAUGUAGACGCUGACAUUGUAAUGAAUGGCAGGUACCUUCAGAAAAUGAAGAAACAGCAUUUCAAUGUACAGGAGAGUAAUGUGACUCUUUCAAUUGGAGGAGCUCAACUUUAUUUCGGCAAUCUUUUCAAUGGGAAUAAAGAAUUGGGAGACGCUACAAAUGUUUUCAUCAACAAGAAUUGGAAAGAGAUCAUUGAUGAAAUCAAACCAGUUAUUGAAGAUUCAGUUGCCUCGCUUGUCAAAUCGUUCAUUUCACCGAUUUUCGAUAACUUUAGUAUUGAUCAACUUCUUACAACAUAAUUAUUCAUGUUACCUCAACCAUAAUAAUUAUUGAUGUUAUAACUGUAGAUGUGUUACUAGAAAACCCUUUUUUCCUUCUCUCCAGAGGUUUCUGUCUGUUGAGACCUCAAGAUCUCACAUAAUAAAAGAGCCUCAAGGAUAUUCUACUAUAGUGGAUAAUAAAGAAGUGUACCAAUCUAUUUAUUUAUUUAUUCGUAUGAGAGAAGAUUGUAUGUAAUGUAGGUAUAUAUUAUUUUAUUGAUCGAUCCCUGUAUUCAUGUAUUUAUAAUUUUAAUAAAGAACUGCUAAAAUUUUUCUUGUUCUACAAAUUAAAAUAUUUCCUCUUUCCAUAAAUUUUUGCUCCAAUAUCUCAAUGUGGACAUCCCACAUGAAUGUAUCUUCACUCUUCUUAUAAGUACAACUUUUUAAUUUAAAUUAAAACUUCAAUUGAAACGAUAUUCAAUAGUUUUUAACUUUGAAGUUUCCAUUUACAAUAAGUGGACGAAAAAUAAUAUUGGAGUGCUACCACUAAUUCAUUUUUUUUUAAAUUAUUUUUCUAUCAAUAUAAACAGCAGACAGGGUGAAGCUACCCUACUAAUAACGAAAAGAAUUAAGGAAGAAAUAACAACAACAUAUAUUGCCCAGAAAAUGUAUAUAUAUUUAUUAUCUUAUAACUCUUUUAACUUGUUUUGAAGAAUGAGAUAUAAAUAUACGUUCUACAGGAAAUAAAAAACCGAAACUUAUGUUUUUUGACAUUUUCACAAUAAUAUUUUUUCUUAAAAAAAUAAUAUUAUCCAGCUCGUUUGUAUCGAUUUCUUUUGUUGCUCAAAAAUAAGAUUUUUGUGAUAACAUGAGCUGACAAUAAAAAUAUUAGCGUUGCUGUAAUUGUUAUAAAAUUUCUAAUGGAAAAUAAAUCGAACAACUAUAAAAAUCUUAAAUAAUGUGUUGUGAUUUGAUCGUACUGCUGCUAAGUUAUUGCAAUUUCUACUUUUAAAAACCACUGGAAUUAAAUAAAAUAUCAAGUAUGAGGUACAGUUAUGCAGAAUACGUAUUCAAUAUUAAUUUUGUAUGAAAUGCGCCUUAUUCAGUAUUCGAUAGUUUGUUGAAAUGCAUGAUUAUUCAACUUAUAUAUUGCAGAAGAUAGGAUUUCAAGAUAGAUUUCUCAGGUCCCUUAAAUGAUAAUAUCAAUGGUAACUCUAAAUGUCGUUACAGUAUUCAAAAAUCAACUGUAAAAAUUAACUCAAUUUGUUAAUUUAUUCCGGCUUAAACUAACUAUCAACAUAAUACUGUAUAAUAUUGAUCCUCUCUGAACCUUAGGAGAUAAAUCAAGCAUAGCUUCUGUUUCUUAUUUAUAAGUAUAUUAACACGAGUUCUUAUUAUAAAAGUUUUUUUUUGAAAAUUGGACUUGAAUAGAAUCUAAAAUAAUAAAAAAAUCCACAUAUUAUAUAAGUAGGCAUAAUACUCUUCAAUAUCAUAUGCAUAUAGUCAUUCAUACCUCUUAACUUUUAAACACUAUUCUAUAAUAUAAUUUACUUCAACACCAAGCUAAGCUAUUCGAUAUAUUCUUACUAUAAACUAUAUAAAAAGUAGAAUUUGUAAAUCUCAAGAAAGUUCAAUUAUUUCAGACAUUUAGUUUUCUCAUAUAUAUUCAUAAUAGCAUACACGAUUCAAUAUAGUAUAUUAACAAAAUACUUUAUAAUAAUAUUAUUUUAAAAUUCGAAUAGGAUAUAAAAGUAAUUGCUUCAAACACUGAUAAUGAUUAUUCAUUUAUUUAUCUUUUGUGCCCUCAUUACGCACAUACAAUAAAUAAAUUCAAGGUCAUAACUAUAAUGAUGUUAAUGGAUUGCUUUUUGAAUUAUUUUGGAAGGUCUAUAGUUUGUAUUAGGCAUAUUUUUGGUUAUUUAGUUGUAAGAACUAAUCUCCAUCUCCUCCCCACUUCAUAAAACAAUUAUGUGAUUGUUUCAGAAAUAAAGCUUUAUAGCUUUCAUUU